AUGAGGCCCCUCCUGAUCCUGGCCCUGCUGGUCCUGGCCACACUUUGUCUAGCUGGCCAGGUAGAAGCAAAGCCCAGCGCUGAGUCCAAGUCUGGCAAAGGUACAGCCUUCAUGUCCAAGCGAGAGGGCAGUGAGGUGGUAAGGAGACCCAGACGCUACGUGGAUCAAGGGCAGGGAGCCCCAGCCCCCUACCCAGAUCCCCUGGAGCCCAAGAGGGAGGUUUGUGAGCUCAAUCCGGACUGUGACGAGCUGGCUGACCACAUUGGCUUCCAGGAGGCCUAUCAGCGCUUCUACGGCACAGCCUAG